AUGGCCGACAAUGCGGAUAUAAAGUGCAUAAACCCUAGUGGUAACAAAUCGAUCUCUUGCACUGGGCCGUCUUCUUUUGACAUCGGCCUUGGGUAUCAAGAGCCCACUGUGGGGAAGGUUUACAAGUGCCGCUUCAUCGGCGUUGCUCACCUGGCCCUCCUCAAUAUUGUCGUCAGUUGGAAUUGGGUCACAUAUCCGACCGUCCCAGUAACAUCAGCCGAGUUCUUGGAUGUUAGUGUGAACGCAAUUACUUGGCUAAGUACGAGCACUCUAUUUGCUUACUGCGUCAGCGCACUCUUUGUUUUCCAUACAGUAGAGCGCAUGGGCUUGAGAGGAUCGAACAUCGUCGCUUCUGUGCUCCUGGUAGUUGGAAACUGGAUACGAUAUGCAGGGACACUGUCAGUGGUCAAGAAUUAUGGGGUUGUCAUGUUUGGCCAAAUUGUCAUUGGUUUGGCUCAGCCUUUUUGCCUCUCAACGCCUAGCAAGUUCAGUGACAGUUGGUUCACGGACCAGGGCCGCACCAGUGCUACUGCUAUUGCUACCCUCGCUAAUCCUCUGGGGGCAGCUCUGGGACAGUUUGCGAACCCGUACAUCGCCAAGAUCCCAGAUGACUUACCUAGAAUGGUCUUGAUCAUUUCUAUCAUCUCGUCAGUGGCAUCAAUCCCUUCCCUGUUCAUCCCAUCAAAACCACCGACUCCACCCUCUGCGGCCGCUGCAGUGAACCGAGCCCCUCUACUGGUGGCAUUCAAGGACAUUGCUAAAAAGCGAGACUUCUGGCUCUUGUCCCUGCCAUUCGCUGUCUAUGUGGCAUUGUUCAAUUCCACCAUCACUUUGAUCAACCAAGCAGUCAUACCGUAUGGCGCCACAGAAGAGGAGGCGGGCAUCGCAGGCGGUAUCCUCAUCGGUGCUGGACUUUUAGGGGCUGCAAUCAUCUCCCCACUGAAUGAUCGGUUCAAGUGGUACAUAGGAGCCAUUCGAAUCCUCCUCCCUAUUACCUGCGGAAUGUACAUAUCGCUUAUCUUUGCACCGGCGAGCUCCUGGGGCAUAUGGCCAACGUAUCUCGUUUGUGCAAUCUUAGGCUUUUCCUCUUUUAGCCUCGUUCCACUCCUACUGGAGCUUCUGGCAGAGAUGACUUUCCCCCACUCCCCUGAAAUAGGCAGCACCAUCUCCUGGCUUGGGGGACAGAUAUUUGGUGCGAUCUUCAUUAUUGCCCAAUCUGCGAUGAUUGCCGGACCCACUGGCAAUCCACCCAACAAUAUGCACAAAUCUCUUGUCUUCUCGGCUAUUUUGAGUGGCGCAUUUCUGCCACUGCCACUGCUACUGACUCUGUUUGGAGAUGGGACGGUUCGCCGGCGAGAACAGCUACACGAUGAAAUCCUCGAAACUCCCCUGAGUACGGUUUGA